UUCUCCUCCAGUGAAAAGUGUUGCUGUGCAAAAUCUAGCGACAAGCAUAGCAGGAGACCUGUCAGCCCAAAUAACGAGUCAGUGUCUCGGAGACACAGGACCUUCGCUGUCGUCGUCAGGCUACAGUCUGCUAAAAUGACAGAGCUAAGGCACCGUGGAGCCAAAGACACCGACCCAGCGUUACAGCAGCAGCCGUCAGAGGACAAGGGUUCAGACAGCGAGCUGAAGGUGGAAAAAGAUGGGGCAUCAGAUGGCGAGUCCAAGGUUGACUCAGGGGUCCCAGAGGUGCCCGUCCCUCCUGAUGACACCCCGGAGGUUUUAAACAAGGCCCUGUCUGGACUCUCCUCAAGAUGGAAGAACUGGUGGGUACGAGGCAUCCUCACACUAGCCAUGAUCUCCUUCUUCUUCUUCAUCAUCUACCUGGGCCCCAUGGUGCUUAUGAUGAUUGUCCUCUGUGUUCAGAUCAAGUGCUUCCAAGAAAUCAUCACCAUCGGCUAUAGUGUUUACCACUCCUACCACCUGCCCUGGUUCAGGACGUUGAGCUGGUACUUCCUGCUGUGUGUGAACUACUUCUUCUAUGGUGAGACUGUGACAGACUACUUCUUCACACUGGUGCAAAGGGAGGAGCCGCUUCGCAUCCUCAGCAAAUACCACCGCUUCAUCUCCUUUGCCCUCUACCUCACAGGUUUCUGCAUGUUUGUGCUGAGUCUGGUGAAGAAGCACUACCGCCUUCAGUUCUACAUGUUUGGUUGGACCCAUGUGACUCUCUUGAUUGUGGUGACUCAGUCUCACCUUAUCAUUCACAACCUGUUUGAGGGAAUGAUCUGGUUCAUUGUGCCAAUUUCCUGUGUGAUCUGUAAUGACAUCAUGGCCUACAUGUUUGGUUUCUUCUUCGGCCGCACCCCUCUCAUCAAGCUGUCACCGAAGAAGACAUGGGAGGGAUUCAUCGGAGGAUUGUUCUCCACCAUUGUGUUUGGCAUCAUGCUCUCCUACGUGAUGGCCGGCUACCGCUACUUUGUGUGCCCGGUGGAAUUCAACAACGACUCCAACAGUUUCCAGGUGGACUGUGAGCCAUCGGAUCUUUUCCAGCUGCAGGACUACGCCCUGCCCAGCAUCCUGGAGUCUGUCACUGGAUGUACCACAGUGCGUCUCUAUCCGUUCCAGAUCCACAGCAUUGCUCUCUCCUCCUUCGCCUCCAUCGUGGGACCUUUCGGUGGCUUCUUUGCCAGUGGCUUCAAAAGAGCCUUCAAGAUCAAGGAUUUUGCCAACACUAUCCCGGGUCAUGGUGGCAUCAUGGACAGAUUCGACUGCCAGUACCUCAUGGCCACAUUUGUUAAUGUCUACAUUGCCAGCUUCAUCAGGGGUCCCAACCCCAGCAAGGUGAUCCAGCAGCUCUUGGCCCUGCGUGUCGAUCAGCAGCUCCACAUCUUCAACUCACUGAAGGCUCACCUGACAGAGAAGGGCCUGCUGCCAGCGCUGGAGGAGGCGGCUGCCUAGAGCCACCUGCACACACACCAACUCGCCCUGAGAGGGAGACCAGAGAGGAGGGCAGCACCUGAGGGCCACUGUGCAGCCCUGGAGCUCUGGGAGACUGUGUAGGCCAAAACACAUCAGAGAAAAAAAAACAACAAAAAACUCCAGCCUUGGGUCAUUCCAUUUCCAUUUGGGUACGAGAGUCGAGUGUCUUUGUGUCCACACAGUCUGUGAAUCAUGUUUCUGAACACCAGUGUUUUCAGGUUGAGUUAGUGAAUUACUGUACUGUUCCACAUUUCCAAUCUUGCCAACGUGUAUCCACUCACACUGUUGAACAAAAAGUCGGUCAGCUGUACAUUUCUACUUGUAUACAGAUUAUUCCUAUAUAUACCUAUUAAUGUGUGUUAAUAUUUUAUUGUACAUUUCUGUUCAGUUUUAAUGCACUGCUCUCAACCCUGUUACUCACUGUAUCGUUACCCAAGCUGCACCCUUUCCCCCAAAUUUAAGUUUUAAUUUUCUUUGUGGUGAUCGUUUCUAUUUAUACAUAGAUGGUUUUUAUAUUUGGUAUGUUCUAUUAUAUCUUAAUGUUGUGUCUGUUUUAUUCAGACAGAAUUCAUUUUUGCCAUCAGCCACGUGUGUGUGUGUGCGCGUGUGUGUGUGUCCUGUGUUUUUGCCGCCAUUCAUCAUUUCAAAGGCUCUCUCGCUCAGCCAAAUCACUGACAUCAUGUAUUAUCGAGCAGUAAUAGCGGUUACCCUGAAGUGUUCGACAGGAUCAGUGCAUCCAGUCUGACAGUCCCACACUCUUGUUGGUUUAGUGCUGUGAGGAGCAGUUAGCGAUGCUCUGUGCAAAAUAGUGUCUUAGUACGAGUCAAAAGAUAUCUCUGAAGGCCAGUGCAACAGACACCAGCACUCAUUUCAGUGUAAUAGUCACAAUCUCCCCUUCCCGUGGUUGCUAUUUCAUGGCCAAAGAAGAAAGAGGUGAAACAAGUCAUUUUUUAUUGUUUGGUUUAAUUGACCUGUUACUUUUUACAACUUAAGAGCUGUUUAAGGUUUUUACACAUGUUCUUUAAGGUGGAGGGAAUGUUGCAUUACGGCUUCUGUUUGUAACAUUAGUGGAAUUGGUCCGCACAAGUAGGACACGUUAAUGGUUUCUACAUUGCCAAUAUCUGCUUGUGUGUGUUGCAACCUCGCCAUGUUCACAGCUUCAGAACAGAAAGCCAGAAUAUGAGACUAUCGCUGGUUGACUGGACCUCUGUGUGUGACAGCAGUUGUGAUUUUCUGCAUCUCAUGUUCAGGUUGUUUGCCAGUACAGUCAGCUGCCGUGUACGCAGUGAUGUUUAUACCACUGGCAAAUGUUUGUUCAAUUUGGUGGUAAAAUAUAAAAGCUGAGGAUUCUCCA